AUGAGUAUAGCAGUAACUGAAUUCUAUAAAAUACAUUUAUUACAACAAAAUAUAUAUAGCCGUCUUAUAUCAUUAUGUGUCUCACAUACAUUAACUAUUGAUGAUGGCUUAUGGUUAGCAUUAGAUUUAUCUGCAUUUAUCAAUCUUCGUCAUUUAUCUCUAAUCGAUAUUAAACGUUCUUGUUUUGAAUUGAUGCUCAAUACGUCUUCACCCAACACAUCUCUUGUCAUGUUUAGUAUACGUUAUUCAGAAUUCUAUCAAGCUGCAUAUACAUAUAAAGGUGUACCUGAAGGUGCAUAUUAUGAUCGAAUCUUUUGUUUAUUUCCUUUAUUACGUGUAUGUCACCUUCGUUUUUGGCGGUAUGUAUACGACUCUCAAGUUAGUCAAAUAGUUCUACCACUUAAUAAAACUUUUAUACCGAUUGAAACAAAUCUUUUGAAUUUACAAUCACUUGUACUUCGAGAAUGUUCGCCAGCCUUUCUGUUACAUUUACUUGGACAUCAUCCACAAUUGCAAGAGCUCAGCUUUGAUUUGUGUACUCCUUGGCUACCUGAUAAACAUCCACUCAUCAAUGAUUAUAACAAGUAA